AUGCACCUUUCUCAUCUGCUCCGAUUUUUGCUUGUUGUUGGAGGAUGUAGUUUUCUCUUCUCUGUGUUUGUACCUCUCUUAUUGGUGAAACCACCGUCGAUAUCGGAUCAAGGAAGGAGUGAGUUGUUGAAAAGAGCUGAUACGAACAGUGCUCGGAAAGUUAUUGAAGAGUAUCGGAAAGAACAUCAAUUACCCAAUUAUUUUGAUCGAUAUUUAACAACGUGGAAUUUUAAUGAUUUAUUGGAGGACUAUGUGGACUUUCACGAAAAGCACACGAGAGAAUUUUGUCAGCCUGCUGAUGAUGAAUUAUCAUCAUCCAAAAAGAAGGUGGGAAUUUUGGUAUUUAGACCAUGGCAGAGUAGUGGUUUGGCCAAUGUCAUGAUUGGACUGACAUCAAGUUUCAUGUUGUCACUCCUUUCGGGCCGAUUAUUCUUCAUUAAUUGGUACGGCCAUUAUUAUUGUAAUAUUCAUGCGAAAAAUCUUUUUCAAAAACCACACCCAAGAUACAAUUGGUGGUAUGAAGACUUUUUGACGGAUUCAAAUGUGAAUGAGUGCGCUCGAAAUUAUCCAACUCUCAAGAUACCCACACUGUUUGAUGAUUCUCUGAAAAAUUAUUAUGGAAAUUUAGAAUUGACGCACAGAGCAAGAGAAUCCGACUACAUGUUUGAGUUAUUGAAGUGUUUAAAUAUUACUGAAGAAUUUGACCGAAUGGGUCCAAUUAUUGAGAUUACUAGUAAUCAAUACUUUUUACCACUCCUCUAUCAAUUUAAUCCUUAUCAUUCUGCUCUCCUACAUUUAAUGUUUCGUGAUGCUGACAUGUUUGGACCACUUUCAAGAUUUCUAUACCAUCCUCUUCCAUCCAUUCAACAAAAAAUUGACAAGUAUCUUGAAGAACAUGAUAUUUACAGUUCACCACAUUUAUUGGAAAAUAGAAGACAAGGCAACACAGUCAUGUAUGGCAUUCAAAUACGACGAAAUGAAAAUGAAAAGCAAAUGGACUGGUUUAGAGAAAAACAUGAAAAGUAUUUCUGGCAAGCAUGCCGACAAGAAUUACUAUCCAAACACAAUCAAUUAUUUCCCAAUCAAGAUUACAAGAUUAUGGUCAUUUCUGACAAUAUUACUGUUGUGGAUCAUGCAAAGAUGGAAUUUGGUCACGACAAAAUUCUCCAUUACGAAGAACAAAAGCUUACCUUCACCAGAGAUAGUGAAAGUAUCGUCGGUGCCCUCAUUGAUGCAUGGCUCUUCUCUCAUAGUCAAGGAUUUGUUGUGAGUAAGCAUAGUACUUUUGGUAAUUUGGGUCAUGGAAGAGCCUCCAUCAAACCAUUCAUUGUCUAUCAUUACAAUCAUGGAGAAAAUUGUGCUUGGUUUAAACCUCACACAAGUGAACCAGAAUUUCAUUGGUAUGGACGGCAUCGAGAAAUUUCGUCAUGUCGAGGAGUGGCCAUGAAGAGAAAAGAAUUGAAGCCUUAA